AUGACGAGCUUCGGAGCUCCUAGGAUCCGCCGCACGGCGCAGAACACCCAAUUUACACAUAACCUCUCCCGUCGCGUCCACGAUGUCAAAGUCUACCCCGGCCUUUCUCCCCAGGGCGCGACCAUCAUCAUCUACGGGCAUGAAAACGGUGUCACCCUUCUUUGGCGAGGCGGUCGCCGCUUCAAGUUUGCGAAGCCCCAGCCGCCUCCUGUCAAUAACGAAAAACAGAAUGGUACUUCGGAAGAUGCUGUCAUGAUUAUCGAUUCGGACGAAGACGAGCCCCCUGCGUCAAAGAAAGAGGAUUUGCCGUUUGUUGACAAUCCCGAGUUCGAAGACGAGAUACCAAAUGAGCCGUACCUCGACAUUGUUCAGAAGUUAGACCUUGCGCUAGGCACUGCCGGCCUCCACAUUGCAGUUCUCCCUCUGCCUCCUACCACUGCCGACGAUGCCUCGUGGGGCGGGUCGGAUUUGCUGAAGGAGAGGCUUGUCUUCGCUGUCUCGUGCGCGAAUAGCGAGGUCUACCUCCUUACUCUACCUCUCACGCCGCCAUCCCCAGAGAGCAAAGCGAGACCCGAGCUGCGGAGUGGGCUGUUGGCAGGAAGACCCGGCUCUGGUGUUUGGGGCGAAUCCAUGGUCCUCCUUAGCGGCCAGACGCAGCAUAGCGGCGGUCUCGCGAUCACACUUAUUAAGCCUAAGUCACCAUCGCCCUCCACAUCGAGGCCUAGCCAGAAAGAAGGACCGACUCCUUCGACGCCCCGUGCUGUUGUGGCCGCUCACAACCUCGAAGCUUCCGGUACCCUCCGCCUCUGGGAUAUAUCACUAGACCUCAAAGUAGGAAUGGCACAAAGCCCCGUCGAGCCUUUCCAAACCGAGUUUCUCCCUUCCCCACUCUCCUCCAUAUCGUUCAACGUAUCUCACAUGACUCAACUCCUCGCCGUCUCCACGACGCACGCCGUCCGGAUAUACGACUACGCGACCCCAUCUAUUUCUCCCGACGAGCUUUCAACCGGACCAUUUCCCUCGCAGGGCUCAUGGCUCCUAUCUCUUUAUCCUCCCUUCUCCCGCAAUUCACCUCACAGGAAGCCUGUUGUGGACGCAGCCUGGAUCUCGCAUGGUAGGGCUAUCCUGGUUUUAUUAGCUGAUGGAACCUGGGGUAUUUGGGAUAUCGAUGGUGUGAGACCGUCCGGAACAACUGUGUUGGGGAAGAGCAGUUCCGGGAUAAUCGGCGCUGCCACGACUUCCUUUGCUGUUUCAGGCUAUAUCGAGGGCACUAGUCCCCUGCGCGCAGGUGCCCCCGAAGACAAGCCCCGCGCAUCUGGUGAGUUUGUCCCCAUGACGCCGCACACAAGAAAGGAUGCGCAAGUCUCUCUAAGCUCCGGAGCGAUUCCCCACGGACGCCUCGCGGCAACAAGGGGCGGUAUCUCCGUCGUGGCUCACCCCGUCUCUGGUGCCGUGGGUUCCGAUGAGAGCGUGGUUCUGUGGAUAGGAUCUGCCGAACAUGUCUGCGUCAUUCCGGGAAUUACUAGUUUUUGGAGCGCGCAGAUUCGCAAGAGCAGUGGUGGCGGAGUAAAUCUCUUUAGUGGUGCGCAGCCCACGAGGAUGAUCAAGCUUCACGACCUUGGAGUCGGCUUACUCGGUGAGAGGUGUUGUGGCGUGAGUGCGAUAGUAGAUCUGGCCAAGGCGAAAGGCGAUUCCAAGAGCGACGGCGGCCUCGGCGUCGAGGUCCUAAUUUGUGGAGAGUCGAGAUUGGUGGUCCUUCGAGAGUCGGAAGAGGGUCCCGGCCGGAAGAUUGGGGGAGUUAUUGGCAGGCGGCGCUUCUUGGGCGAUAGGACUAGCUCUCUCCCCAGUGCCAUAAUCGUUCACCCUCGACCCGAUGCGACCGAAAAGGUGUCCUUCAACCUCAACAGUGGCAAAUUCGGCAGCGUGCGCACCACCAAGUUUGCGCGACCGGGCGACGAGGAGUCGGUUGAUGGCGACGCUGAUCGCGGUACCCUGAACUUACCUUCGCGACCGAGGACGGGACUCGCCUUUGCCGAGAGCAUUAGCGCGGCGGCUGACGUCCAAGAAGACGCCGCGGAGCGUGACGUCGAAGUGGAGAUGCUUGAUCUCAUGGAGAUUGACCGGACGCUAAGUGAGUUGGAGGACUUGAGAGGCAGUGGUCAGAAGAGGGUGUUUUUCGAGGAUUAUACAUGA